UAGAUCAAAUUUUUAUGCAGCAUGCAUCUAUUUAACAGAAAGUAAUGCCUGUUUGAUGGUACUGAUGAAUAUGAGUCUUUUUCUUGCAGCGAUGGUAGGAAAACUGAUUCAGAGGAUUUUCUUUGGACCGCUACGUACAACAGAAAUCGAGCAUCUUUAUGAAAGAACAUGGUAUUCUAUUACAGAGACAUGUCUAGCAAUGACAAUUUUCCGAAAUAAUUUUGAUACUAUGUCGAUUAUUGUGUUUGUGAUCCUAAUUUUUCUUAAAACAUUCCAUUGGCUUUGUCUUGAUCGUCUCGAAUUUACCCAGCAGUCAGAAAAUACAAUAUGGAGAUUUCAUACACGAAUUAUUAUCUCUAUUAUUUCAUUAUUAAUAUUCGACAUUAUCAUGACACGAUUUUCAAUUUAUACUAUUCUUAAUCAGAAGCCGAACAUGAUGCUUAUGUUUGCUUUCGAAUUUGCCAUCUUGACAUCAACUAUUAUUGGUGCAGCAAUUAAAUACACCUUUAAUCUAAUAGACUCAUACCAUAAUGAUAACUGGGAAAAUAAAGGAUUAUAUGUAUUGUAUCUCGAACUUUUCUUAGAACUUUUCAAACUCAUAGCAUAUACAACAUUUUUCAUGCUAGCAUUAACAUUUUAUGGUCUUCCACUUCAUAUAAUUCGUGAUGUAUAUAUUACUUUGAAGUCGUUUCUCGCAAAAUGCCGUGAUCUUAUUCGAUACAAAAGAGUCACGAAUAAUAUGAACCAGCGAUUUGUAGAUGCAACACUAGAAGAAAUUACAGCUACCGAAGAUAAAACAUGUAUUAUUUGUCGUGAAGAAAUGGUUCAUUCAAGUGAAAAAGACCCCAAUGAAAACAACAAAUCUCAACAUAUUAACAACACACCCAAAAAACUGCCAUGUAAUCAUAUAUUGCACUUUAAUUGUUUAAAAAGUUGGCUUGAAAGACAACAAAGUUGUCCUACCUGUCGACGACCUGUUUUAGAAGGACAAUCUCAAGAAAUAUUUAAUAUAAAUAGAUCACAAAUACUUCAUUUUUUGCGUAAUUUUGGAAGAAGAAAUAACGAAGUAUCUAAUAGAGAUCAAAGAACAGAACAAAAUAGAAAUCCCGUUUCACGAAAUACUACUGAUCUCCAAAACCCUCAAAAUAUACCCUUAUUUCAUAACAAUUAUAGAUUACCCACAGGCUGGACAAUCAUUCCACUAACUAACCAAGAUAUUUGCACAAUACAUAAUGCAAUUAAUAAUAAUAACUCAGAUACUUUUUUCAAUAAUAAUUUAGGAAAUACUGAUCAAAAUAAACAAACCAACACAGAUUCAUCUUUAAAUAAAGAAAAAGGAAAAAAAAGUAUAGAUUCAUCUUGUACAGGCAGUAUUAGUUCUAGUAUUGAAUAUAGUUUUCCAGAAAAACUAAGUAUAAUUAAUAUAAAUACACAAAAAUCAUCAGCCAAUACUAUAUAUGCAGCUGAUUUAAAUUCAACUAAAUUUGAUUCUGCUUUGCUUAAUGCCAGCAACAUAAGAAAAGUUGAAGAGAGUAAUAAGCUGCUUUUACAAGCACAAGAAAAAAUUUUACAAAGCUUACAAAUACUAAAUACUCAAGGACAACUACAGAAGAAUAUAGAAAUUAAUGAUUCAUCAAAUACAGCUAAAAUAAGCAAUAAACUAAACGAGAAUAUCCCACAAGUAGAAAAAAAAAAUCAUGAUCAAUAAAACUUUAAAAU